CUGAAGAUGCCCAGGAGAGGAGCCCUUCCUGUGGGGACACUCCUGGUGCUGCUGCAGCUGGCAUUUGUCCCAUCUCCACUGGCAGGCUGCCUCCUGGAUCCCUGUUUGGAGAUCACCCCUAACACAGCUUUCAGAUGCACUGGACUGAACAUCUCUGGAGUUCCUGAUGGAGUCCCAAACACCACCCAGAACUUGGACCUCAGUUUCAGCAAUCUGAAAUCACUGGGGUCAAAUUAUUUUGCAUCAGUCCCUGAGCUGCAAUUUCUGGAUCUUUCAAGGUGCCACCUCCAUACAAUAGAAGAUAACUCCUUUAUGGAUCUCCAUAGACUUUCCACCUUGGUUUUAACUGCCAAUUCCUUCCAGCACCUGGGGAAAGCAGCUUUCUAUGGCUUAACAUCUCUGAAAAAAUUGGUUCUGGUGGAAACCAACAGGACCUCUCUGUCUGAGCUGCCUAUUGGCCACUUGCAUACUCUGCAGGAGCUGAAUUUAGGCCACAACAGCAUUACUUCAUUGAAGCUUCCCAAGUAUUUCGCCAACAUGACCUCCCUCAGGCACCUGAGCUUCUUCUCUAACAAGAUCACAUCUAUCUCCAGAGGAGACCUUGAUGCCCUGAGGGAAGGGACCAGGCUCAACCUCACGCUGGUGCUUUCCUUGAACAAAAUAAAAUCCAUAGAGCCGGGGGCCUUUGCCGGGAUUCACCUCGCUGAGCUGGCUCUCAGGUCGGCUUUUGAGAAAUCCACGAUGCAAACUUCUCUGCAAGGCCUGGCUGGUUUGCAGGUCAGCAGACUCAUAGUUGGGGGGUUCAGCGACAGUGAGGGACUGCAGGACUUUGAGAGGGGGCUCUUGAAUGGACUGUGCCACGUACAGAUGGAAGAGUUUGUCUUAAUCUGCCUCAGGGAGUUUGAGGAUGACACAGACACUCUCUUUAACUGCGUAGGCAACGUCUCCACUAUUCGCCUGGUGGACCUCAGACUUGAGGAGAUAUCACAGGUUCCUUUGUGGUCUAAAGUGAAACAGCUGGAAUGCAAGAAAUGCAGUUUUGAGGAUUUGCCUGCCCAGAAGCUGUCACUUUUCAAGGAGCUGAGAGUGCUUCGUAUUACCAAGAACAGAGAUCUCAAAAACUUCGAGCAGAAAUUUGACGGUCUCAGUAACCUGGAGGUCAUUGACUUGAGUGAGAACAGACUCACCUUCAGCAGAUGCUGUUCCCCUCAGUUUCAAAAUUGUCCAAAUUUGAAACACUUGAACUUAAGCUUCAAUUAUAAUAUCAGAUUGACUGGAGAUUUCGCUAAUGUGAAGAAUUUGUUAUAUUUGGACCUUCAGCACACAACUUUAUUUGGUCCUGGCUCCUACCCUGUAUUUCUGUCCCUUCAGAGACUGAUUUACCUGGAUAUUUCCCACACCAAAACCGAAGUUAAAUCCCAGUGUACAUUUUGUGGCUUGAACUCUUUGCAAGUGCUCAAGAUGGCAGGAAACUCCUUUGCAGACAAUAAGCUGGCAAACAACUUCAAAAACCUAAGUCACCUCCACACCUUGGAUAUUUCAAGCUGCAAAUUAGAACAUGUGGAUCAAAGUACUUUUGAUGCCCUGUCUGAACUAAAAGAGCUAAACAUCAGCAACAAUAAGCUCCUGACUUUUGACCCUGGAGUCUACCAGCCACUGCAAGCCCUCCGAGUCCUGGAUUUCAGCAGAAACCAGCUGACUGUUCUGUUGGACCCAGCCAGGGAAAUCCUGCCUGACAGCCUGGUCCUGCUGGAUAUCUCUCAAAAUCUCUUUGAUUGCUCCUGUGUGUACCUGGACUUUCUGAAAUGGGUCAAGGAGAAGCAGGAGCUGCUGCAGAACAAGGAGCUGAUGCUGUGCCACACUCCCUCGUACGUGGCCAACGUGAGCCUGCCAAGCUUUGAUCUGUCCUCCUGCCACAUCAGUGCAGGCAAAGCUGCCUCCUCAGUGGUUGCACUGCUCUGUAUAGUGGUGCUCCUCUUCCUGGUUUACAAGUACUACUUCCAGCUCUACUACUCCGUGGUGCUGCUCUGUGGGUGCAAACACUACGCAGAAAGAGGUGACACCUACGAUGCCUUUGUCAUCCACUCCAGCAAAGACCAGGAGUGGGUGACAAAGGAGCUGGUGGAGCCCUUGGAAGGAGGAACACCUCCCUUCCACCUGUGUCUGUACUACAGGGACUUCCUGCCAGGGAUACCCAUUGUCACCAAUAUCAUCCAGGAGGGUUUUCUCAGUAGCAGGCAUGUCAUCGCAGUCAUCUCCACUGACUUCCUGGAGAGCAAGUGGUGCAGCUUUGAGUUUGACAUUGCCCAGUCCUGGCAGCUGGUGGAGGGAAAGGCUGGGAUCAUCAUGAUUGUGCUGGAAGAUGUGAAUAAGGCCCUGCUGAGGCAGAGGCUGGGGCUGUCUCGGUACCUGAGGAGGAACACCUACCUGGAGUGGAAAGACAAGGAAAUAAGCAAGCACAUCUUCUGGAGGCAGCUGACAGGAGUGCUGCUGGAAGGCAAACAUUGGAAUCAUGAGGAGGCAAAACUCAUGUGAAGAGAAAGAAGGGUUCUUCCUGCCCUGUCUGCCCUCCUGGCCUGCUGGAUGGCACUGAGAAGCUGGUUCUUCUCAGCUGCUCAGAGUCAGAGGGGGCGGAUGGAGGCACUGCCACAUCACUACAGAAAUUCCUGCCUUGCUGGUCACCUUCUCUCAAGGAAAUUUGCAAGUUAAGGAGUGACAAGGGUCAGCAGAGCUGCCUGAGCUCUGUGUUUGGUCAUGGCUGUCACCCACAGGUGGCCCAGCAAUACCUCAGGUUUGGUGGGUAUAGGAACAGACCAGUGCUCUUGCGGUCAUCUGGCUGCUUCUGAAACUGGAUUUGGGUCCUGAGACCAUUUACCCAGAGGAACUUCACAGUCUGUUGCUUUGAGUGGACCCCAGAACCUCAAAGGCAGAGUAAAGACACAGGAUUUUCAGCUCUAAAAACUUUGUGAAACAGAAACGAGGUUUGGAUUCCAAAAGUCGUGUGUCUGCCUCUGCAGAUACAAUGACUUGGGACAAGCCCUCCAAGGAGCAAUGGGGCAUCCUACAGCCCAACUGGCAGCUGCUCAGAGAACCUGAGUAGUUUUGUCAUCAGGGAGGGAGGUUUCUGUGGUUGGGAAAUUUGCCCAACAUGUUUCUUUCAGUUUUCUUUAGACCAAGGCUAAAUAUUGAAACCAUCACCUGAAAAUCUUACUUAUAUCCAUAUUAUAUAGCAUUGGAGAGGGCAUUUUUGAGUUUUCUUGGGGGGACAAGAAAUGUGUAACACCUCUAAACUGAAAUAGUUCUUUGCUCCCACUGCUUCUACUCAUCCAGUGUUUGUGGAUAUGCUCUGGAACUGCCCUAAACAAGCAAAAUUGAGCCUGAAUGAAAUGUUUCAAUGCUUACAGCCAAACAGUUCUAGAUUAAGGUUUUCCACUCUCUGGAUCAGCCUUAAUUCACUGUUGGAAGGUGCUGCAAGAGCCUCCAGGGUUUGAAAUGGGGUUCAGAGCUGCCUGUCUCUCAGCCUUGCCCAGGGGUCAGCUGCCACCUGGAGCAGCACUGGGUGGGGGAGUUUUUGCUUUUGUUUCACUGAGAACAUGCCUGGCAUUUUGCAGGGAGAAGAGAUAGAGGGGGAAAGCCUGGGUUAGCUGAACAGUGCUGGCAAAAGUUGAAUCACAGCUCCCUCCCUAUGUGCUGUGUCAGACAACACUACCAAAACCCCCCACAGCCCCCCCUAAGCUUUUUUUGUGACCCAGGAGAUGAAGAUUUAAUACAACUACACUUGAUGCUGCAUUCCUUUGCCCAGAGAGUUUGUUCUGGAUCUGAUAAAUGCUGUUCCAGCAAUUCCCAAAUUGAAGUUCAAUGCCUCUGCUGGCAUUGAUGGGUCCUGCAGACCUUCCUCCUCACUUUUCCACGCUAACCUUCCUCUUCCUCCUCCAGGAAGCUGCUGGAGAUGGUGGGGGAGAGUGAAUCUCGAGGUUCCCUGGACUGAGGCCAAAGGAGAGCACAGAGGACAAAGCAAAGAUUAGCUUGAAUUUCAGCAGCUCCAAGAUAAAUUGGGAAACAAAAGAGGAAAAAUUAAAUAGAGUGGGAGUUCCUGCUCCUGAAUUGAGCAGCACUGAAGCCGCAUUUCUCCUUCACUCUUCCUCUCUGUGGCUCCUCUGCAAACAAUUCAGUGGAUGUGUAUUUCUGGCACAAAGCACAGAGUCCUAUGAUUCUUGAUUGUAAUUAUAACAAUGAGUUUCAGAAAGCCUGAGAGUGGUUCUGGGCAUUUAUAAAAGGGAUUUAGGACAGUAUUGUUUAAAAAGUCAGUGUUUUUUUGAAUAUCAAAGCAAUUUUAGGAGAGCUGGAGUGAUGCUGAGAUGAGGCUCCCACCAGUACAACUUUAAAAGAAACUGGUCAUUUGUUUUUCUCUUCCUAUUCAGAGUCUCCACAGCAGACAUGAGUACGUGAGUUGCCCCUGGCUUCCUCAUUGUCCAAGAAAAAGCCACAAAACCCAUCAUAACUUCAGCUGCUCCUCUGUGGUCCCUUCCAGCCUGACCCACUCUGUGAUUCUGGGACCAGCCCAGGCAGUGCUGAGGUUUAUGAGUCCAAGAUGGACAAGGCUAUGUGAAGAAUUGUAUUUUCACCAUUUACCCAGCAGAGAAACAGUAGAUUUUUUUUUUUUUUUGAAUAUUCAAAACAGCUUUCCCCAAUACUAUAAAUGGGGGAAUAUUGUGGUUCCCACAGAAACACACAUACUCAUUUGUCUUAUAGUAGGAAGCAAAUGUCCAAAGGAAAGCUCAACAUUCUCAUAUUUCCAAAGCUGCUGGCAUACACUGUUUGAAACUGCCCACUCUGCAGCAAGUGGCUUUGAUAGGAUUUACUCACUGGGUGAAAAAAUGAGCAGCCAAGCAAACACCUGUGCAGGUCUGCAUUAAUCUCUCAUGUAAAUAUCUGAAAAUAUUCCAGUUAUUAAAACAUCUCUUUUGCCCAGGUCAUAAAAACAGAUGGAGACAAAGCUCCAAAGGGCUGUUCCAUCUAAGCUAUUCCAUUUGCAAUGGGGACUUGCCCUGAUUUCACUCUGAGCUUCAUUUAACCCAUGCAAAAUGCCAGGACAGCUGCAGCUCUGGACCUCCUUGCCUUGUGGAGGGUGCUGUCCCUGGGGCAGGACAUCCUGGUGUGCUGGCACUGUCACCAAGCUGUGCUUUGCAGCGAGGGCUCUGAGCAGAGUGUGCCCUCAUUAGUGUGAUUGCUUUGGUGCUCUGUUGGAACCCAAAAUGCUGGGAAUUCUCACAACUUUGGGCCUGGAAGCCAAAGCUUAGAAUUAAACACAGGAUUUGAUCUGAGACCUUGGAAAAGGCUUCCAAACUCAGGUGCUAGAAGAGAGAGAAUGUGGAGUUGUAGUUUAAAGCAGGGAGACAUUAAGCUAAGGAAAGGAAAGUUUAGAGUUUAAGAUAUAAAAAUAAAAGUAGUUAGAAAGGAGCUCAAGGAGUUUAGAAUGCAGCACUGUAGGUUUGUGUUUCAUAACAUGAUUGGCUAAGAAAGCUCACGCUGUAGCAUGGGUCCAUAAGACGAAAUAUUUAAGGACUGGGUCAAAACCAGAAAUAUCCUUGUUGGUAGUGUUUUAUUGGUCAAUAAAUCCUUAAAAGGUCUUGUAACUGGGGGGUCUUGUGACCUUCUGAACCAUGGGGUAAAGAUGUGAGCCGAGCUCACCCUUCCUGCCUAUGCAGAAGAUAAGAAAAAUAAAUUGCAUCAUCAAAAACAAUUCAGAGGUCCUGUCUCUAACUCAUUCAAAACUCCUUCAAAAAUCUCCGUAGUGCUCCCACACUGCAGCAGCUGGAAAAGCUGGAAACCAGAGCCAUGUGCAGCCUGUGGGUCUGGCUGGCUGCAGGAGCAGCACUGCAGGAAUGCUCCCCUGGACCCCUGGGCAGGAGCACAGAUUUCCAGUGGCACUUAAAAACCCAGCAGAAUGAGGAAAAGCACCUGCUUUCCCUGGACCGACUGGUACUUGACAGGAACAGGUUGAAACUUCUCAGGGAGAGCAUUUGUCCUUUGGGAAAUGCUAUUUUGUAUGUGGGUUCUGCAAUUUAAUGAGGUAGCAUGGUGAAUCUAUGGAAUGGGAAUUGUCACAGCAGAGUUUCUGGUUUACUGUUGCAUGUAAUUUUGGAACAGAUAUUUUUUAUGGAAACAGUGAUUUUAAAAAAUGGUUUGGAGGGGCUGAGAAAGGGAUUUCUAAUAAAAGUUAAAUUGUUCCACAAUGUUAUUUUAAAAAAUGUCUACUUAGGCUUAUGCUGUUGUUUUUCAGAGUGCCUUUUCAUUUAAAAAUUUGUUUCUAUUUACACAAUAUAACUAGCCUCCCAAAACAACACCAAAAUGUAAAAAUAUUUCCCACACACAGAAAUAAAAACCCUGGAUUUUG